AAUGAUAAUUUGGCGAUCAGGAGACGAGCAACGAAUUAGUGUGUGUACAUUGCAUAGAGUAAAUGGUAUGUCGUAGUAGGCAGGGAUUUUUGCGAUGUUUGUGUGGAAAUUGAAUAGCUAAAGGAUUAUUAUCGUCUAAAAUCGUUCAGAAUUGUUAUAGGCAAGCGUCUUGACUGAAGACAUUAUGUUGUUUUACAAGGAAAGAAUACUGUCGCCAGAUCAACUUAAACGUCUGGAAGAUCACAAAUACAGUGCUUCUAAUUGUAGUCUCCUUGAUCCUGUACUACAACCUUGGUGGAAUUGGCUCGUCGGGAAAUUACCGCUUUGGCUUGCGCCCAAUUUGAUCACAGUAGUGGGUCUGUUGGUCAAUAUUUUGACCACUUUGAUUCUAGUUUGGUACAGCCCAGAUGCGAAAUUGGAGCCUCCGAGAUGGGCCUGUUUCCUGUGUGCCCUCGGCUUGUUCGUGUACCAGAGCCUGGAUGCUAUUGAUGGGAAGCAGGCGAGGCGAACAGACACAUCCUCGCCGCUGGGAGAGUUGUUUGAUCAUGGCUGCGACUCCAUCUCCACAGUUUUUGUGGCGCUCUCGGCAUGCGUGGCGGUCCAGCUCGGCUAUUACCCAUCAUGGAUGUUCUUCCAGUGUUUCUGUGCAAUGACUCUCUUUUACUGUGCACACUGGCAGGCAUACGUCUCAGGGACGCUGAAGUUCGGAAAAAUUGAUGUCACCGAGGCACAGUUCACCAUCAUGUUUAUUCAUUUGGUAUCGGCCACGUUUGGUCCCACCAUCUGGAUGACGGAGAUUCCAAUACUAGAAGGCAGACUUAGUCAUGUUGUAUCUGCAAUAUUUUACAUGGGAUUUGCUCGAGCAUUCGUUGCAUUUCUUCUCAUAUUUGAGGAGGGGGGCAUCGGGAAAAACGGUUCAACUGUUGCAGGAACCAGCGUCUUGUCUCCAGUCAUACCAUUCAGUUUGGUCAUCUUGUCAGCGUUCAUAAUUUAUCGCAAAAGUAUAGAACAUGUGUAUGAAAACCACCCCACGCUUUACAUUGUGGCAUUUGGAUUGGUUGCAGCAAAAGUCACCAAUAAACUUGUGGUUGCUCACAUGACAAAAAAUGAAAUGGAAUACUUGGAUUCUUCAUUAGUUGGCCCUGCAAUGCUUUUUUUGAACCAGUACUUCAACUUCUUCAUACCAGAAUACAUUGUUUUAUGGAUAUGCUUGGUGUGGGUGACCUUGGACAUGCUGCGCUACUGCACAGUGGUCUGUCUUGAGAUCUGCAACUACAUGAACAUCCAGCUGUUCCGCAUACCGUCCAAGCCGUCGGGCUUCUCGGCAGCGUCACCAGCCGUGGCUGCUGCUGAGAAAAACGUCUUGCAUGCUGACCACUUGGAGGCCAGAAAACCAGGAGCUUCAAGUACAAAUGAUGCAAUAAGUGAGGACUCGCAACCAUUACUCAGCCGCGAAGAUUGCCUAUAGCAAAGCCCAUCUUUGUCCUGAAACACCGGAUAUUAAACAGCUUUUUUUUCCAAGCGUGUUAGUGAGUUUGAGUUGGUGUACGUGUCUAAGCGAUCAAGCAAGCUGCUGAUAUAUACACACACAGCAAACUCACGAUUAUCCGAGCCUAGGGUUCAAACAACAAAAAUGAUUCAAACAGCGACUAUUGUCUUUUUUCUGGUCUCUAGCACUUGAUAUAUAAAUUACAAGUAUAAAUAUUCUAUUAGUGUUUGUCUUGUUUUAGAAGUAAUCUUCAAGUUUGUCUUACAUUCUACGUCAACUGACGUUCUAAAUGGACUUGUGUAUAAGGCUGUUUUGUAUUUGAUGUACAGUUUUCUUUUGAUGUACGUCUUAAAUUCAAGGUAGUAUGUUAUUUGGUUACUUCCCAUAAGAGAAUGAGAAUCCGAGGCAGAAGUGAACAUACCAGCAAAACACUCCUGCACAUGACAUUGUAAACACAAUAUUUUGUUAAGGAUCUUGAAGUUAAGUUUUAAUUUAGUAAAUAAUAUUAUUUGAAUGCAUAAAAAAAUUAAUCCAAACUCGAAUAGUUGGGAGGUUGCUGUUUUUUUGUUUUGUUUACCUGUGGCAGGUACUUUACAAGUUGUCUCAGUAUUUGUGUUUUGUUGCAGAUGUGUUGUUUUACACAAUAGUUUGACCUGAUGGCAGGAUGGAAUUUUUUUUUUUUUUGUUGGGUGAUGGUUUAGUGAGCAUUUUUGAAAGCCUGCUAAGUUUGUGUUCAGCCCAUCAUGUAUUCUUGUCUAAUCAGAUUACAUUUCAACGUGAAACAGAAACUUUCAUUACCACAAUAGUUUUAAAAAGUUUUAGUGUCUCAGUUUUUACUGCACUGAGCUUCUUCCUGAAACUUAACACUUUGAGUAAGUGGUUCUCGUUUGAAAUAAUGUUGUGUGACAUUGCAAAGUUACUACUCUAAGGUUAUUUCCAUGGUGAAUACCACAAUAUUGGUGACGAACGUGAAUAAAAGUAGAAGAAAAUGUACACUGUUUCAUCAUGAACACAGGCAUUAAAUCUAUUGUUUUGAUUUUGAUGUCUGUUUUUGCUGUGCACAGUGGUAUUUUAAUGAAAAGUCCGGUGAACAGCAUAUCAUCUUGUUUGCUUUAUUUCAACAAAGUUCCAAAAUUAUUAUAAGCAUUAGUGUAGUUGCAAAAUGUUCCAGCUUGGCUACAAAUAUCAGAAAACUAAGAGUUAAAUUUCUUACUGCUUCGGGCAGGAAAUUUGCUAAAGGUGUUUUCAAAAGUGCUUGGCUAACCAUGUAUGUGAUAUGUUUUUUUUUAACUCAUAAAUAUUUUCUUACAUUCCUUGCAAGGUUGGUUGUUUGUUACUCAAUAAUUUAAUUAUUUGAUUUUGUUUUGACAAAUAUAUAAAAAUCUACUUAAGUUUUAGAAUUAGUUCAGCUAAAAUAUCUCAUUGGAUUUUACUUCAAAAUUGUUAAUUUUUUUAUUAACCCUUCACCCUUAUCAAAACAUAUACAUGUAUGAAAAAUUAUAAAUUAAUAUUUGUCACAUCAUAAAACAGAUUGUGCAUUAAAAUUAUUGACCAUAUAUCUUGAACAAAUAAGUAUUACAACAGCUCAAAUGAACUCUUAAUUAUUUUUUUUUUCAUUUACUGACAAGGCAAGUUUUUAUAAUCAAUUUGUUCUUGUGUUAGAUUCCAAAUGGAUUGUUAUAUUUUUCUUUGCUCAUAAAAUAACUGGAAUAUGUUUUCAAAAAUGCUAUGACUUUAAACUAUUUUGAAACACGAUGUGUGUAUACUGUCUAGGCAUCAAAACUAUCCUGCACUGUGAUUGAGAGGCAUCUUUUCAAAGUAAAUUUUAAACUUUUCCUAAUCUGUUUUUGGGAAAAUAGUUUGCGAUUCAGAGAAUUCAAAAUUACUAAAAACAAAGUCACAAAUCAAUUUUUAGAGCCUUUGAAAAAAAUUAAAAGUACCAUAUUUUCUUGGUCUUGUUCAUCAAAUAGGAUUUUAUUCAUAGAAUAAUGCUGUAAAACCCUAGUUCUGUACCCAUUAUUUUAAAUGUUAAUUAAUUCACUUUUGAACAAUAGGGUUAUUGACCUCUCUAGAGGUCAUCUAAGCAUUAUAAUUUGCUAACUUCAGAUUAAAAUAUCAUUAAAUAUUUUUUAUGGUAUGAAAACAACAAUGUAACUGAAGAGUGGGUAAACAGUGUCUUAAAAUGACUCAAUAUUUGUGACUGCUGACGUAUGAACAUGUGUUAACCCAUCAGUAGAGGGCAGUGUAAUGAACUAUUCGUGUGUGUUUCCAGCAAGAAGUUAGAUCCUUGGUCCAGAAGUCUAAGCACUAGAAAAACAUAUACCUCUAUCUGUCCAUAUGAAUAGAAGCAUAUACUUUUGGAGAAGGAAUGAGCUCUGCAGCUGUAUAUGUUUGUUUAUACGUUCUUAGUGACCCAAGUCAGGGAUUAACUGCUGUGCCAAGCUGUAAGAUAUAUUAAGUAUUUUUUCUGCCAUUGAGUAUCUCAUGGCACCAUGCACCUGCCGUAGAUUUGAUCAGCGCAAGUGAAGGGAAUCUGUAGUUAUGUGUGUGCAAUCAAUAGGUUUGUGCGAACAAAAUAUUCAGUGUCAUUGGUAUCACGAAGGCUGGAACUUUCACUUUUAUUUUAAUAAGAUACUGUUAUUGGAAGUUGUAAUGAAAUGAACAUUCUAGCCCCAAAUAAAAGUUAAUGUAGUUUACUUCAAACAAGGGUAAUGAUUUCACGUAAAAUCUAUUCUUCUGUAGGAAUCAGAAUUCAACCAACCAAAUUUUUUUUAAUGUCCUCUUUUAAAAUUGUAAAUGAUACCUACCCAUACAUUACUUUAUAUAUAAAAACUUUUUUUUUAUAUAGUUUAAAAGAACAAAAUUUCAUUGUUAAUCUUUAUGAAUAAUUUUAAUUUUAUGUCUGUUGUCAUUUUGUUUUGUUUAAAGUAUAGUAAUGUUUGCACAGUUCUACCUGUAAUUGCACGAAGUGAAGCCAGACCUGUUUCAGAAUAGUAGCAGUGAUUGAAUAAAACUUGUGUGGUUUUGUGAUAGCUAGAUCAUGUCAUAUUCUUGCUCAGGGUUCAUCCGGCUUAAGUGACAGACCAAGUCUGGAAGGAUAUGUGAAUCAGGUAUUUCAUUUGUUUAGUUCUGCUGGAAGGAACAUUCAUGAAAAUGUAUUCUAUUGAUAGGUAUGUAUUGUAUGCAAAGUGCUCGACUGUUGGCAUCAGCGAUUACAAGAUAAAUCAUGCUAGGAUGUUUUUGGUACUGUACCUGUUCAGAUCCUGUUUAUAAAUAUAAGUCUUAUGCUUUCUAAAUUGUUGAUUAUUUUCAUGGGAAAAAAAUUAGUGUUUUUGAUAUUGACAGUUGACAUACUUGUACGACCCAAUGUAAUGUGGAGAUGCUGAUGGCUAAUUGAUUGAACAGAGCACAGAGUCAAACUAAAUGAUUUUUUACCAGUUGCUCUACGUAAAGUGUGUUUGUAUGUGUAUGUGGGAAGGGGUAGAAGAAAAACUUAGGGAAGCAGGUUAUACUUCAUUAUCAUUAAGCUUUUUGUCAAAAUGUAGUAUGUAGUUGUUAGUAUUAGUUGUGUAGUAUGGGAAAUAGCUUGAACAUAGUAUAUAAUUAAUUUAAUGCAUAAAGUUAAUAGGAACUGACUGCUAAACAUACCCAACCACUUUAUUUGUGUUUUAGUUACCAACUUAUUGACUAAAAACUGCCUGAAACUUGCAUGUACUAGUCAUGUAACUAAUUUGACAUUGUUACAAGGGAUAUCAGGGAACUAGUUGAUUUUUAGGCUUGAACUCAUAGUACACUUCAGUGUUGGAAGGUACAUCCAAAUAAGGAUAAGAACUCGGUAUUUUGCCUUGUGCUUGGAAUUUUAAAAUACAUGCAUAUUCAACAUAUAAUGUUUUGAUGAAGGUAAAAAUUAAGUUAAAGAAAAUAAAGCAGUAACCUGGCUAACGAACUGAGAAUUUUUUUUUAAAUCUUUUGUUAUGUAAAAUGGACUAGCUAAUACCAGUGGCUCUGCUCGCAUAAUCUCAGGGUGUUGCUGAUAUUUUUACUAUAAAAAAAGUAUGCAUUUAAUUUUAAUCAUUUUUAUUAAAGAAAUAGAAACAAUAAAUGGUCAGGUGUAUAAAAGAUUAGAUUAAUACCAAAACUAUUUAAGAAUGAAAUUUUCUAAACUGGCUAUGUGUAAGCCUUUUUAAUUUUUAGUAUAAAUUAUUGGAUUUUUUCCCCGUUGUAGUGUGUUCGAGGAUAUAGUUUACCUAGAUGAAUUCACACCUCUACAUUUCAUGAGAUAGUCAAUUUAAAAAAAAAGUGAAAUAUGCAUCCUCCUUUUUUGUUUUGAUUACGAAUUUCCAAUUGUUUGCUACACUUUUUUAUAUAAAUAUGCUUAAUAUAAUUAAAUAAUUUCACUUUGUCACAGAAACCUACAUUAUUUUAAGAUUUUUGAACAUUUUAGUUGAUUCUUAGUUAUGCAAGUAUUACUUUAAAAAAUUCAAAAAAAUUUCACUCCUCUCUUUUUUCACAGGGAUGCCUGUGUGAAAACGCAGAACUACAGAUUUGGUAAAUAUGGGGAAGUCUGUCAAUCAAAUAAAAUCAUUCAUUCUGUUCUUUUUAUCGCAGAUGUGAAAUCCAAAAUAAUUUUCAUAACUUACAUUUAUAUUGAAUUAAAAUAUAUAUUGCCUAUACUGAUUUAAUGGAUCCAUAUAUAUAUAUUUUUCUUUAGUAAAUUUUUUUCCCUGUUACAACUCAAGAGAUGAUAUUUUGGAGAAUGUUUAAUAACAGAAGGUAGUUUAAGGUUUGUUUAUUAAUCAUUGCAAAUAUGUUAAAUUAAUUUUGAUUUGAUCAGAAAAUAUUAUUAUUAAUGUUAAAACCAUAUUUACAAUCCUUCACCCCUUAAAAAGUAGAAUUUCAGCAAGUAAUUAAAAAGAGUUGGUAGAUUUUGCGUGUUUAUAAAUCAUACAGCAUAAGUAACAUACAGCUUGAUUAGCUUCAGAGAUAUGUCUUUUAUGAUAAAACAAAACUGACCGCCUUUCGCCCCUAUUGUGGUUGAGUAUAAAAAAUGGUAAAGGUAAAAAAAUUCUACAGAAUCGUAUAAUGUUAUUCUUGCUCAGUUUUUUACCUUCAGCUUAAUUUGCUGAUAUAUUAUUUAUUAGUAUUGAAACUAAUGUACCCCGUUUCACUGCCUUUGCAGUCAAAUUUCUAAAAAUGGUGAAUCUACACUACAAAAUUGAUUAUUUAAGUUAUUCAUGCUCAGUUUCUUACAUCCAGCCUUUAUUUUCUAUGGAUAUAUGAUUUUUUUAAUGAUAAAACAAAACUUACCCCCUUUCACCCCCUUGUUCGAAUUCCGGAAAAAUUAAAAAAUAAUACUCGUAACUCUAUAUACUUCUUCAUUCUUAAUUUAUUACCCGUUUUACAUCACUUGGUGGCCGAAUCUCUUUAAUUUGGUGAAAUAUUAAUGUAAGGUUUAUUAAUUUGAUUAUUCUUACAAAAUAAUUUAUAUCAUAUUUAAUUAGUUUUGAAGAUACAAUUUCUUAAAAUAAAUAAAAGCUAUCCACCUUUUUACACCCUUAAAAACUAAUUUCUUUCAAUUAAAAAAAAAAUACAAUACCAAACUCUACUUGUAAGAUGUUCUUUCUUUGUUUCUUACCUCUAGUUAUAAUUAAUUUGGAAGUGUUCAUUUUUAUUUUAAAACCAUACUUACUCCUUUUACAUCCUUUAGGUGUUGCAGUUCACAAAAUGAUAAAAUUGUGUUAGGUAGUUUUCAUAUGUUUGUUAUUGAUACCCAAUAUCUUUUCUAAUGCUUAAUUAUAUUCUGAGAUAUGAGUAAUCAUCUUAAAACCACUAUUAACCCUUUUUUCACCCCUUAGGAGUUGAAUUUCACAAAAUGGUAAAAUUGUGGUUGGUAGUUUUCAUAUGAUUGUUAUUGAUAACCAAUAUAUUUUCUCAUGCUUGAUUAGUUUCACAGAUAUAAUUCACUAUCUUGAAAUAUAUUUACCUCUUUUUCAACCCUUCUGGGGUGGAAUUCUGUAAUGAUAUACGGCCUGGUUUAGUUAGCUAAAGUCCUGGCUAAUAAAAAGGUUUCCAUCAAAAUUUGUUAAGUAGUUUUUGAGUGAUGCCAAAACAAACAGUAAAAACAAACAAACAGAUAAAAAUUAAAAAAACUAUAUUUUUUAAUUUUAAAAAAUGUUAGUAGCCAUUUCCAGUAGUUUUUUUUGCUCCCCAAAAUUUUAUCCAAUGUAAAUACUUUUUACCUCAAACAGAUUUAUUAAUAGUAUCUAUAUGAAUGUGUCAAUACAGAAAAAUGCAAUAUUCACAAUUAGAUGUGCAAUUUUUUUUUAUCAAAUCACUUUUGUAAUCAAUGCUUAGCAUGUAUAAUUUAAAAAAAUGCUUAGUUUAGGAAACUGAUUAUUUUAAUUACAAUUUUUUUUUUAUCUGUUCUUUAAAUGAUUCAUGCAAUGGGGAAUUUUGAUUUAAUGCAGUUUUUUUUACACAUGCCAUUGCAGUUUUGCACUGUUUGUCAUGGAAAAAUUCCAAAAAUAAAAAAAAUAAAUUAAAAAAAUAUGAAGAUAAAGAAUACACAGAAAACAAGACUGAAUCAGCUGAUGUCGGACAAACGGAACCAACGAUGAAACUAAACAAGCAUUAUGGACAACACGACGAUAGCACUGACGAACACAGAAGGUUUCCAGUGACAACAGUUGCAAAGUUUCGGGAACUGACAUCUGUUCCCGCAACAGGCUGAUAUUUUGUCCGUGCUGUCGUCUUUUUGAUGUCCAUAAUACUUGGUUAGUUUCAUUGUUUGUUCUGUUUGUCAGACAUCAGCUGAUUCAGUCUUGUUUUGUUGUAAAUUUUUAUCUUCGUAUUUUCAUUUAUUUUUUGAUAAGUGAAUUUUUCCAUGAUAAACAGUGCAAAACUGCAAUGGCAUAUGUCCAAAAAACUUUCUCUGUGUUUUUCAUUGUAAAUAUGGUUAUGAUAAGAAAACAGUAUUAUUCAAUCUGUGGAUAUUGUACUUCUUUAUCAGUAUUCAAGGGUCAAACCAAAGGUGAGGUUCCUUACAGUUGUAAUCUAAAAGAAAAAUUAAAACUAAUUUUGAAUGAAAGAAAUUCCCAUGGUGUUUGCGAGGCAGUUGUUGCCCGCAGUGCCAACCACUAUAAGAUAGCUGGAAGCCCGGGUGUGCCUCUGGUAGGGAUGAGAUGGUCCAAAGCAUGGGGAGGAGAGCCAAAAACUCUCUUGUUAGAGCUGAGGAAGUGGAGUGGUUAUCGACUUCAAUAGCACUGUUCUGUUAAAAACCCAAAAUGUUUCUGUGUAGUUGCAGCUCUGAGUUUUGUUGAUUGUGGUAUUGUUCAUGUUUAUAGCCUUUGUGUGUUGUUAAAUGAUGUAAUACCUUAUUUACAGUUCUCAACUAACUGAAGCAGGUAUUGUACUGCUAUCGCAAUGGGGGUUGACGUGUCCGUCGAAGCUUAGGGCGCCACCACAUGUAUGAUGGGCAUGUGGACCCGGCUACUCUGUUCUCAGGGCCGUGACGUAGCCCGUGUGUGGCAAGACCCGUUUCCCCCUGUAUCACUAAAAUGCUCCGAAAACGAUAACAGGUGCGUGAAGCUCCUUCCUCUAGCAGCAAUAGCGACUCACUGUCUGUUUGCCCUUGCUCGGAAAAUUUCGGGAGCGGAGCACUGACGUCACACCGGUGGGUGCGAGCCAACACACGCACUUCGGCGGGCGAUUUUAAACACCGGGGUCGUAAAGGGUGGUGGUGGUGGAAGGAGGGGGCUCGCAGCGUGUAAGGGGGGAGGUGGUGGCACAUCGGGCUCAGAAGGGCGCAGCUCGAGAUGAUGUCAGUACAUUGCUUAAGACUGUUAAUGAAUGCAUUUAUUUGUUAAAUUAUUUGCUGUGCAUGCCCACCAACUUUUUAGUUCACUAAUUACUAUUUGUAGACCACUUAAGACAUCCACUAAUUUCUGUUACUAAUGAGUAGCAUGACAUUCCAGCCACCACAGGCACACGGAUGCACUGUAACUGCCGUAUCAGAGCACGGCCAUGGGUAACAUCACACACGUGACUUGCAUAGGUAUUUCUUGUAGUGAUCAUUGCUUUACCUGUGGUGAUGUAGGAUUACUUGUAUAAGACCAGUGAUUGCUGUUUAGACAGUGCUAUGUAUGUAUAUAUUGUAUACAUGUGCAAAGCAUGUAUUUAAUUUAAAAAAAAAUUUCUAAAUUUUUGGUUGUAUGCUUAUUACAGAGUUGCACUGUAGAAAGAAAAAGAAUUAAUACAGUCAUCUUUAGUUAUUAAAAUACUUCAACAGAUUAAUAAAUAGUUAUUGGAAAUUUGUAUCAAUUUUUACAUUGUGCUGUCCAACAACCAUUUGUAAAAAAGAAGAAAAAAGUACUUAUGGUUUUCUUUUACAUGUCACUGCCCACUCUAAAAUUAUCUGUCUUGCAGCACUUUAAAACAAUUUAAGUUAUGGACCUGACGUGUUUUUUUAAUGCUUAAAAUUUUUUUGUGUUCAUGAAAUUUCAAAGUAAGUGAGUUGGUGAUCAGGAUUAUUUCAAACAAACAUCUACUAAAAAACUGCUCAGAGAUUAUUGAUGUCAGGAGGCUUGUUUGAAUUAUAGUGUAAAAAAGAAUUUAAUGUCCAGAAUUAUUGUUAAACAAGAUUCAUAGUGAUCUGUUGUUGCUUAUAGGCAGUCAUUUUCACUUGGUAUCAGGGACGUACAAGAAGGAGAGAUGAAUGAAUACACCCCCUCCCCCUGAAAUCGUAUAAAUUUUAUCAUUCCCAGCAAAAAAAAUGUGAAAGAAAUUGAAAUCAAACAACAGCAAACAGGUUCUAUCUCUCUCUCUCUCUCUCCCCCCCCCCCUUCCCUCCCGUCUUCUCACUCCUGAAACAAAAUUCUUCUAAUGAUGAAAAACUGCCAUUUGCCAUCUGUCUGUCUGUCUGUCUGUCUGUCUGUCUGUCUGUCUGACUGAAUUCUGAAAUAUCAGUGCUACCAUUUAAGCACAAACUUGACCUUUAGAAGAAACAGUUAACUUUAAUAUUCCUCAGCAUAAAUAUCACACAAUAACUUCUGCACCGCAACAUAAGGUACUAACACUUAUUUCAAAACACAUGCACAUUAUUAUUACCACAUAAAUAUUAGGACACAAUAAAGUAAAGUAUGCUCUUGGCAGUGUAAUUGAUUAAUCAUUCACAGAAAUAGUUAUUCACAGAAUUAUUGAAGGGAAACUUCUUUGUUGAGGGGCCUGAGAUUUUCGAGUGUCACAGAAAUUCUGAUUGCAUGAAGGAAAUAGUUGAGUACAUGGUGGGGGAACCAGUAGAGUAGGAGUCGGCAGGCGAGAGGUAUAAAUGACAAAGCAUACUUGCACACUUGCAUGCUUGUACACUCACAUACUUGCAUAGUUGCACAUUGCAUACUUGCACAAUAGCAUAAGUUAGCGAUUGCAUACUUGCAUACGUAUAUUUUUUUAUCUGUGUCCUCAAGCCAAAGAGAAUUAUGUUUCCUAUAUCUAAUAAUAUAAUAAGCAAGAAGUUUCCGGUUCUGCGUGGACUUCAAGCACACAUUUUAAUUUUUUUAAUUUAAUCAUGCAACUUAAGUCACUAAAGAAUACAUUUUAAUAGAGAUUGUAUUCAUUCCUUUGUUUUGUGUUUCACUUGCGUGUAAUACCUGACAGAAACUAUCCUGAGUGUUGGUACCCAGCACACUGGUGAGGAGGGGGGGGGGGGGGGGUGCCCAACCCAGCCCAGCAUAUCAAGGAUAGAGGCCGGUUGCUCUGUGUGUUAGGAGCAGGAUGUGUGGACAGUGUACAGUGGCUGGGCGAAGGAGCAAUCGGGUGAGAUAGCACCUUUUAAAGUUGUUCCUUUAGCAAGCUUAUGGGGAAAAAAUUAUGUUAAUAAAGGACACAAAAAAAACAAAAUUAAUUAAUUACACUAUAUUGCAUACUUUCAGUGCACUAUUUCAAUGAGAAAAUAUUUUUUUUUUUUGUAAAUUUAUUUCACAGUGAACUUGAGUGCUUACUGAUUAUGCAAGCAUGCCAUAUUCACGUAAAUGCAGUUUAAGCAUUACAUGCGAUUACAAGCAUUUGAAUUUCAUAGUUAUGUAAUGAAAAACACUUUUGUGAUUUCAAAAUGUGUAUCUCAAAAUAAUCAAUGUAGGCGCUAUUCUUUAACAUUAUGUAUGAUAUGUUCAUAACACUUCAAAGUGUCAGUAGUGUAUGAUGAAUUGUUGAUGUAAUAGUGUAUCUGUAGUGGUGAUUUUUGUACAUGAAAAAAAGUUUUUCCUGUGAUCUCACAUGUAAAACGAAAACUUUUGCAUCUUAAAUGAUGCUUUACACUUUUUUUUUUUACCAUUAUUGUCUUUUUGUGUACUAUAGUAAUCUCCUUCGAAUGUGUUCUGAAAUGAACAAGAAAUCUUCUGUCUCUUGGUUAAGCCACUAUGCAAAUCAAUCUUUGAUAUAAAUUUUCAAGAAGUUUAAUUCAAUAAACUUUCUUUCAAAUUAUCUUGUGAUUGUGAGGUCUGAUGUCUUGAAAAUAUGUUUAAUGCCUUUUAUUUCAGCCAACAAUUUCAGUGUAAUAGAAUUUUUUUUUCAUGUUAUGUGACUUUUAAAAAUAAGUGUGCAAAUUUUAACUAAAUAUUCAUCAGCAUGUUCUUUUACAAUAGACUUUCAUUAGAGACUACUUUAUAGCUUGCAGUUGUUUUAUGCCGUGGUGAUUUGUGUACCUGGUGCAGUGAAAUUGGAGAUGGCAGUUUUGAGUCAGUGACUCAUUGUGGCUGGAUACAGUAUGGUCUUGUUUGUAGUGCGAUAUUCUUCUGGGCGGGAGCGAACUUGUGCCUAUCACUCAAACUAUGCCCAACAGUGUCGUGUUGCCAAACCAAACAAAAUUUGUACCCACAAAGUUUCAUGUCAAAAGAUAUGCUCAAAAAAAUCAGCAAUGAAAAAUAUGUUCAAUAACACUUUAAAUUUGCAUAUUUUUUUUCUCAUCAGAAUGAAUGAUUGGUGUAACUUGCAUGCUAUCUAGCAAAAUUACGCAGCAUGUAUUUAAUAAUGUGUAACCAUAAAAAGUGCCUACUAUAGCAUUUAAUUGCUUGCUUUUUUUUCCCCUUAAUUGAUGUGCCUAGCGUAGAAGCACUUGGACAAUUUUCCAGUCAUUUCUUUGUGAUCAUCAGCAUAUUGAACUUAAAAAUUGAAAAUAGUAAUACUUAAUCAAUUUUAACAAAUAAUUUGCAAACAAUUAUUUUUCCCACUUAAAAAAAAUUAAAUGGAUAAGAUCAAAGUAGGCUUGUCUAAAAAAAUCCCUACCCUUUCCAAGAGAAAGCUUUCUUUGCUAAUCAUCUUUAAAAAUGGAAAAGCAAGAUAAAGUUAAGUUUCAGCAAUAACAAAUUCAUGAUGGAAUUAAAUUGAUUAUCCUGAAAAUGUCUUGACACUGUGGUGGACACUUUUAGUUGCCACAAAACAAUUACCUAAAAAUUUUCUGUCAUUUAUACCAUGAAGAAGAAGUGAGAAACUCCGUUAGAGAUUUUCAUGUCAACACUAGCGAUUUCGACGACUCCCGGGGUUGUACCACAUCAUUGUGAAUUUCUUUGCCACUUUUAGAGCAGUGCAGUUGUGCUUUCUAUUUUGUAUACAUAUUGGUUGGCGAACUAUCUGUUGAUGUUGCAGCAGCCGGUGAAGUGAGACUGUGCUUUUUAUUAUUGGUUAUACAUUUUGUUUCCCAAUAUUGCUGUUGUUAAAAGUAAUUAAGAACUGAAAUGAGUAUUAUAAGCAGUGAAAACCUUGUUUUAUUUUCACUGUUCUGACUUUAUGAAUGAUGUUGAGUCUUAAUGAGUUUUAUAUAUUUAAGGCUCUGACUCACACGGAAGGUAGAUUAUUUAUUUUCUUAUGGAAUUACUUUGCUAUAAGGCCUAUUUCUGUAAAUUUUAAUUCAAUUUCUCUUGUGCAUUUAUACUUCUUUUUUUAGAUCUAAACAGAAUAGGGGAGGGGGUUAUUUUUUGGAUUUCAACCUCUUUCAUAAGGGAAGAGGAUCUUAUGACUUCCCCUAGAUGAUACAGUCUAUUUCAUAAUUAGUUUGGUCCAAAAUGUUUGGUUUCCAACAACCAACCUGUGUGUGUUCAAUUUUUUUCACAUAUUGGCUGUGUAUAUAUUUUUUUAUUCAUAUAUUUUUUUUUUCCACUUUGGAAAGGGGGCAGCUGCCCUCCCCCCUCUUUGCCCCCUCUGGAUACUUCCUUGGCUGUCACAAAUGUAUUCACUAAGCUUUUAUAAUGGCUGUAAAAUGUUACACAAGUGUUUCCGAUUAAUGUCACUUGCAUGAUUUUUACACCAGUUAUAUGAGACUUGGUAAAUCCAUUGAAAAUAUUUGAAAUGAAAGAAAAGUAUUACAUUACAUAAAUAGCACUUAACUAAUAGAAAUGAUGAGAAAAUACAAAAACUUAAAUGGCUUUUGAGACCAAAACUUAAGUGUUAACUAUGUGUGUGUACAUAUGUAAUUUCUUUGUUGCAGUUUUGUCUGUUAUUUUUUAGUGAAUCUCAUGUAGAAAUAAUCACUCGGUAUUUUAAUAAAGCUGUUAAAAUUUUGUGUACAAACUGUUAGCUUCUGGAAAUUUUUGUACUGGCAUUAAAAUAUAUUUUACAUUAUACAUUGUAAAUAAACUGUGUUUCUUGAGAUUCCCUGCAGGUAACUUUGUUUUGUAAACAGUCUGUAAUGAGAUUCAGAAACAUUUGGUAAAGAAGUAAUUUUUUAAUUUAUUUUAAAAUAAAUAUUUAAGAAAAGCAUUAA